AUGUGUAACGCGGCGCAACGAAUGUGCCGCCUAAUGGAUAAGGUUGUCCCAGCAGCACUACGUGAGCAGGUGUUUGUUUACCUCGACGACUUAUUGGUCUGCUCCCUGACCUUUGAAGAACACCUAGUAAUGUUAGGCCGCGUAAGUGAUUCCUUACAACGGGCUAAACUUACCAUCAAUGUGGACAAGAGGUGUUACCGGAGAUUCAUUCAGAAUUACGCUCAGACUGCCUCCCCGCUUCAUGACAGCCUUAAGAAAGAUCGCGUGAAGAAAUUCGAGCUAUCCGAAGCGGCCAUCCAGGCCUUUGAGUCGCUGAAAACCGACAUGGCAGCAGCACCUGUACUUGUCACUCCAGAUUUUAAGAAACCAUUCAUUAUUCAAUGUGACGCCUCUACCACUGGCGUAGGAGGAGUACUGUUACAAAAUGAUGACGAAGGCGGCGAACACCGCAUCGCAUACAUGUCCGCAAAACUAAACAAUGCACAGAGGAAUUACAGCAUAACUGAGCUGGAAUGCUACGCUGCGAUCCUCAGCAUCACAAAAUUUCGAGCUUAUGUGGAGGGAAUGCCUUUUAAAGCCUUCGACUUCACUAUCGAACAUCGUCGGGGGUCCCUGAACGUGGUUCCAGAUGCACUAUCGAAGGUUUAUAUGGAUGCAACACAAAAAGUUCAGGUCACCGCGCCAGACCUACAAAUCGACCUAAAAUCCCCUUUCUUCCAAGCCCCAGAAUAUCUGGCACUAAGAGCCAACGCCGAUAAAUGCCCAGACAAUCAGACCUUCGAAAGUUUCAUGAGCCUUCCGAGUGCUAUAAAUUCAAAUAUCGGCACAGUGCGGAAAAUUGCCGAUGGUGCAGACGAAGUUAUUCGUGGUCUACGAGCUCUUAAUUGCGAAGAGAGGGAUCCCUGGCUAAUCUUCAUUUUACUUUCAAAAUUGGAUAGCGAUACCCGACAAGCCUGGGCUCAGUGCGCAGAAUCCGAGGAAAAAGGUGUGACCAUCCACCGAUUCCUGAAAUUUCUCACAUCACGCUGCGAUACGUUGGAGGCUUUUAACUUAACUCAAUCAACCCAAGCUCGACGCGCAGCUACCACGCACCACGCAGACACGCAUCCAAGACGGGAAGAGCCGAAGUGCACAUCGUGCCAGCAGAAUCACCAACUGUUUAAGUGUCCUCAAUUCAUCGCACUCGACAUUGCAUCUCGCCGAGACUUCCUCAAAUCAAGAAUGCUCUGUUUCAAUUGCCUCAGCCCGGCUCAUAUGGUGGGCAACUGUACAUCGAGGCAUACUUGUCGGAUCUGCCGCCGCAAGCAUCAUACUUUGGUUCAUGGCUCGUCGCAGCCAAUUCAAAAUGGCAACAACAUUGACACGGCAAGUGUUGGCAGCUGCGAUCGACCAGCAGUCUCACAUGCGGGAUCUACAAUUGGCCACAAUCAACCGCUAGCUCGAGAAGGUCAUCGCUUGGGAAGCGAGACUCCCGCGGAAAACAACUUUACGCAUCAUACUCUGGAGAAUAUUCCGGCGGCUGGUUCUCAGACUCUGUUGCCAACCAUCCUUGCUGACGUCAUCGACGCCUGGGGAAAUACUACAACCUGCAGGCUGCUCCUGGACACUGGAUCUACAAUAACCUUGGCAUCGGAAUCAUUUGUUCAGCGAAUAGGCGUGCGUCGAACGCACGCACGGAUUUCUAUUCUCGGUCUCGCCGCCAACAGCGCGGGCGUUACCCGAGGACGCGCACAUAUCAAGCUGCGCUCUCGUCAUUCGGGCCAAGCUGUCGAAUUGGUCUCGAUCAUUCUCAACUCGCUGACGUCAUCACUUCCUGCCCAAGUUAUUGACACCUCAUCCUCUACGUGGAGGCAAAUCUGCGAGCUUCCUUUGGCAGCCCCAACGUUCUGCACACCUGGAGCAAUCGAUGUCAUUGUUGGAUCGGAUCAACUUUGGUCUCUAUACACAGGAGAUCGGAAACACUUUGGUAACGGCUUUCCUAUCGAUCUCAAUACUGUAUUUGGUUGGAUUCUUGCAGGCUCUUACUCUGCAUUCAAUGAUUACCCUACUUCUGCGGUUACUCAUCACGCGGACCUAGACACGAUGGUUCGUUCAUUCAUGGAGAUGGACAGCAUUCAGCCUAACCAGGCUCUCCUGGACGCCAGCGAUCCCACAGAGCGUCAUUUCGCUGCCACACACAAGCGCUCGACGGACGGGGUGUACGGUGUCGAGUAUCCCUUCAAGGAGAAGGCACCGCCUAUUGAUUCGACCUUGCCACAGGCCAUCAAUCGCUUCUUCUUGCUGGAACGCAAAUUUCGUCGGUAUCCAGAAUUGAAGCAGCAGUACGAAGCCUUCCUGGACGACUACUUGCAACGUGGACAUAUGGAACAACUGACCUCGGCUCAGGUUGAGGAUUCCCCAGACACCUGCUUCUAUUUGCCGCACCACGCUGUCAUCAAGCUGGACAGUCUGACUACCAAAUGUCGUGUAGUUUUUGAUGGAUCAAGAAAGGACAGCUCUGGAGUAUCGCUCAAUGACAGACAACAUAUUGGUCCACCGAUUCAACGCGAUCUUCUUGGCGUUUGUCUACGCUUCCGGCAGCACCAAUAUGUUUUAUGCGCAGAUGUCGAAAAGAUGUUUCGAGGCAUUAAAAUCUUUAAGCCACACACCAAUUAUCAGCGCAUUGUUUGGUGCAAGACUGAGAAUGAACCUCUGCUUCAUUUUCGCCUGCUGACGGUUACCUACGGAUUGGCACCGUCACCAUUUCUGGCUGUUCGAGUUCUAAAGCAACUUGCCGACGAUCAUGGCCAUGAAUACCCUGCAGGAGCUCACGCUCUUCUGCACGAUGCCUAUGUGGACGAUAUCCCUACAGGCGCCAACACAUUCGAGGAGCUUAUGAUUCUCAAGGACGAACUUAUAGCCCUCUUGGAUAAGGGAAAAUUCAAGCUACGCAAAUGGAGUUCUAAUAGUUGGCGUCUUCUGAAAUCAUUACCAGAGGAAGAUAGAUGUUUUGAACCUAUCCAGCUCUUCAACAAAUCAGCUGCGGAUUCACCUGUCAAAGUUCUUGGUAUCCAAUGGAACCCUGGGAAGGACGUUCUGUAUCUCAACCUAAAGGGAUGCGAUGCGACCAUUUCUCCGACGAAAAGAGAACUCUUGUCUCAGCUAUCAAGAAUUUAUGAUCCGCUUGGACUGGUAGCGCCGGUCACAGUUCUACUCAAGUUAAUCUUCCAAGAAAGCUGGACAAGUGUCCUGCAGUGGGACGACCCCAUUCCUGAAGGUCUACGUACGCGCUGGAGAGCCUUAGUAGAGGAUUUGCCAGCACUUACGCAAUGCCAAGUACCACGGUAUAUUGCGUCACCAUUUCGAGAUGUUCAACUACACGGAUUCGCCGACGCAUCCUCGCACGCCUACGGUGCGCACGAGCUGCUGGACAGAUUCAGAAAUUGUGCUACACUGGCUUUCAGCUCCCCCUCGACGGUGGAACACCUACGUCUGCAACCGAACUUCUGA